AUAAAUAAUUUUGAUCAAGCUAGAAAAACAAAAUACAUAUAUACCUAGGUAUUACUGAAAUGUAUCGACUUCAUGCACUCAUUUACCAAAAGCACGCCACGCCAGAGGAAGCGUGUCAUUCACAACGGUGCCGUUUCUCAGACUCAACAAUUUGGGGGGUGCUGGGCAUAUUUUUGCACCCUGGCGGUGCAUAUGCUAAAGGCUCCCCUGUCCUUCUCACUCAUCAAAACCCAGAAGAAGUGGGUCCUAUUAUCAGCCUUUUCAACUGCAUAUCAUUUCAUCAUCCAAUUUUUGCAUCUCUCCAUUUUUAUCCAUAUUAUUUUCCAUGUUACAAGCGUUGUUGCAAUCCUGCUAAUGUUUUCAUCUUCUUACGGUGGUCUCUCCAGUAAAUUGUAAAUUUCCCCCCAUUCUUUAUUAAAGUUCUGGUCUUCUUGGUUCCUGAGCUUUCCGGUCAGUUUUGCCAUUUUGGCAAAGUCCAACCAGCUUAGUUUAGGGGUGAUAUGAUAGCCAUGUUCAAAUAUAUGAAAGGACUUCAUCUUCUUUCCAUCUCUGGGCUAGGAGCAUCCGUGCAGCUGCCGUCGCAUACAGUCUUUUCUGCCCCUUUGGGAUCUCGGUACCUACGAUUCCUAAACGGUGCACUGAUCUCCAACUCAGAUGUGCAAACGCUUCCUCCGUCCCGCCUGUCGAUAGACCCAGGGAAUCGAAUUCUCAAAACCAGCUCGGUCCCUGGGGGCAGUAAACCCGGCACGCAACUCAUAUCUCCAGUUAAGUAAUGUGCGAACGAAUCUGUAAAUUUUUGGGAGUGCACAUGGGUGCGUUUGUGUGUGUGUGUGUGUGUAUUUAGCUACCAGAAAUUGUGUGAGCAGAAGAGCCUUUUUUUGUUCGGCACGGUUUCUUUUUCUCAAGAGACAAGGUUGUGUGUGGGGGGGUUUUUUUGCGGUGGUUCGUUUGCAGCGCAGAAAGGAAGUCUUGUCGGUUAUAGUGACUUGGCGUUUCCUUUUGCACAAGAAGUGUUGCUCUGUCAAAGCCGCUUUCUUGUUUUUGUCGCGUUCCCUGGGCUCUCUCAGCCUCCUUUGCUAUCUGACCUCCCCAGCUGAUUGUGGAGGGCUCACACCAUCCUGAAACCUGCCGCCUGCAUGGAUUCUCGGCCGUUCCUGUUUUCCUAGCUCUACCUCCUCCAGCUGGCAAUGGAGUCCUCGGCGGGUUUGCCAAACUUCCCGGCCAUGCCCUGCCAGAAGGACUUGGCGUACCUGCAGCAGUGGUUGGAAGCGUUCGUCGCAAAUUUUGAGAAAAUCAUCACCGUGCAUUCGAUGGAACCGAGGAGGCCGGAGGACUCUGCCUCAGAGAUCCCGCUGCUCCCCUGCGACGUCCUGCAGACACUGACCCAGCAGCUGACGUCUUGCGUGAACCAGAUCUCCCGCCAAGAGGUGACUGAGGCUGGCCUCAACCAGGCUCUCUUGCUGAUCAAAUUCUUCAUCAUCAUUUGCAGGAAUCUAGGAAAUGUCCAAACUGACCGGCCCCCGGUGUUUGUUCACGAGGUGACCAGUUUGCUGUCUGCUUAUUCAAACAAGCUCAAGAACACCCAGGGGCAGAAUUUGCGUUACCGGAGUCAGCUGGAGAACAUAACUCUCUACGUGUUGCACCUCUAUGAAUGCCUCUUUGACCCCUACCAGACGUGGAGGAGGCAGCUGAGUGGGGAGAUCGUCAGCAUGAAAGAGAAGAGCAAAUACAAGUUUGCGCCAGCUGUGUUGCCUCAGGAGUUCAACUCGUUUUUCCAAGAGUGCUUCCAAGAGGGCGAGCAGCUUCCCGAGGUCCUUCAGGUCCGGCUGAUCCACCUCUUCGGAGCCAUCAUCUCCGGAGCCAAGCAAAACGCUGUCCUUGUGGUCACCCCGUCCUCGGUCGAGGUCCUCAUGCUGUUGCUCCGGAGGUGGUGCUCCCCGGUCAGCGGGCCCCCCAGAGACUCCAAGCUGCUGAAGCUGACCCUGAAGGGCUUGGUCGGCAUGGUCCAUGUCCUCCACGCCAGCAGCCCCAACCAGCGCCAAGUCGAGAUCCGAGCCAUCCUAGACAGCUACUUCAAGGUCUUGAACUCGGACCAGCCCAUGGCGUCGCUGGAAGGCUCUCCCGGCCCUCACUGGGAGGAGAGGCUCAUCGCGCUCAGGGUGAACAUGUUGGAUGCCAUUCCGGAAAUGUUAAACUGCGAUGACCGUCCCGUCCUGCAGGCCAUCUUCCUGAGCAACAACUGCUUUGAGCACAUCAUACGCCUGAUCCAGAACAGUAAGCUCUACCUGAGUGGGGAGUGCAAAGCGUCCGGGGACGAUUCUGCAGGGACCGAGAUGGAUACCCACCAGGUUUUCGAUAACAACUCUGACGCCAUUCCCAUCCACGCUAUCGGAGUGCUCACGUCUAUCAUGAGCAACUCUCCUUCGGCCAAGGAGGUGUUCAAAGAAAGAAUUGGCUAUUCCCACUUAUAUGAAGUUCUGAAGAGCCAGAGUCAGCCGACCAAGAAACUGCUGCAAGAACUCCUCAACAUGGCUGUCGAAGGCGACCACAGCUCUUGCCCCGCACGCCUGAUCCGCAACGAGCAGCCCCUUUUGAUCCUCAUCAUGUGGAUCCCGGAACUGAAGUCCCGGGAGCUCCAGGUCUUCCUCUCCGAGUGGCUCAAGAAGAUCUGCGACGCCUCCUUGCAAAGCCGCACCACCUGUGUGAAGGCAGGGAUGGUGAGCUGCCUGCUGGAUGCCCUGUGUGCCACGGGGCAGGAGCUGGACCCCAAAUGCUCCGAGAACCUCCUCCACCUGCUGCAGGUCCUGGGCGGCCUCUCCAUCCGGCCGGGGGAACUGAGGCAGCUCCUGAAGCUCCUCCGGACCGAGCAGGGCAAGGGGCCACACCCGUACACCGUCCAAGUCAUCCGGGCCCUCUCGGGGAUGGCCAGGAAAGAGAGCGCCGAGCGAGCGCUGCAGUAUUUCGACCUCACCCCCAGCAUGGCGGGGAUUAUGGUGCCUUCCAUCCAAAAGUGGCCCGGGAGCGGGUUCGCCUUCCAUGCCUGGGUGUGCCUCGUCGAAGAGGCCAAGGACUUCCCGGAGGAAGCGGCCAGGCUGAAGCGGAAACAGCUGUACAGCUUCUUCACCGCCAACGGCACAGGGUUUGAGGCCUUCUUCACAGCCGACGGGACGCUGGUGGUGGCUGUCUGCACCAAAAAGGAGUACAUGACGGUGGCCCUGCAAGAGUUUCCGUUCAACGACGCAGCCUGGCACUGCAUCGACGUCGUCCACAUAACAGGCCGUCGUCCCUUCGGCCAGAACCUUGUGAACAUCUACGUGGACGGGGAACUCCGGAAGACGGCUCAGCUGCGGUUCCCCUCCCUUGGCGAGUCCUUCACCUCCUGCUGCAUCGGCUCAGCCGGCCACCGGACCACCACCACCACCACCACCACCUCCGCCGGCCACCCCUCCCCGUCCCACUCGCCGGACCUGGGCUUCCCAUCCCACCCCUCGCUGAACCGCUCCCAAUCGUUCCCGGCCUCCCUGGCCCCCCACGCCUGGACGCCCAUCCCCCCGCAGCCGCCCCGGGAAGGCGUGGUUUCGGUCACGGUGGCCGGCAGCCAGGACACGGAGUGGGGCAUGCCCACCUCCCUGGAGGGUCACCUGGGCUCCGUCUCCAUCUUCUACGAAGUCCUCCAGCCUGCUCAAGUGAAGGCGCUCUACUCCUCGGGACCAAAUGUGACGUCGACCUUUAAGCCGGAAGGGGAUUUCCUGGAGCUCGGCAGCAAGUUGCUGCUGUAUUACACACCACAGGCCUGCAAGAACAACAUCUGCCUGGACCUUUCCCCGAACCACUUUUUUGACGGGAGGCUGACUGGGCACAAAGUGGUGAACUGGGAUGUCAAGGACGUGGUGAAUUGUGUCGGUGGGAUGGGAGUGCUGCUUCCCCUCCUGGACCAAGUGGCAUCUCAGAGGAAAGAAGCAGAAGACCACCAAGAAACCCACGACUUGGUGGGCCCGGAGCUGACUUCUUCCCGCAACGCCCAGGGCAUGGUAAUCCCGCUGGGGAAAUCCUCCGGUUAUCGAGAAGGUAGACUGGAAAGGAACGGGGUAGCUGCCUUCUUGCUGCUGAUUAAGAAUUUCAUCCAUUGUCACCCAGUCAACCAGGAGAGCCUGGUCCAAUGCCAGGGGCCAGCCAUCAUCGGAGCGCUUCUGCAGAAGGUCUCCAGCCAGACGAUGGACAUGAAUGUUCUGAUGGCUUCUCAGAUCCUCAUGGAGCAGGUGGCCGCAGAAGGACACAACUUUCUGCUGCACCUCCUGUACCAGUUCCUGCUCUUUGACUUCCGGAUCUGGAGCAACAGCGACUUUGCUGUCCGAUUGGGUCACAUCCAGUACCUGUCGAACGUAAUCAAGGACCACAAGCAGAGAAUCCGCAGGAAAUAUGGUGUGCAGUAUAUCCUAGACUCCAUCAGGACGUAUUACGGGACUUACAAGGAGAAGCCCAUCGCAACUGAUGACAUCAAGACGGUCCAGACGUCCCUCUUCAGCCUGAUCAAGGAGUUCUUCUGCAGGAACUUCUCCACCGAGGAGAUGCAGAGCACCUUGAACUACCUGGCUGCUGUGAAUGAUGAGCACCAGGUCUGCGGAGUGCUGGAGGUGAUCCACAGCCUUCUGAAAAGCUCCCCAUCCCAGGAGCAGAUUUACACGUUCCUCUUUGAGCCGGGGAAUGUGGAGAUCUUCUUCUCGCUGCUCGUCCAGCGGAAGUUCUCGGACGAAGUGCGCGAGAGGAUCUUCAAGAUCCUGUACAAAAUGCUGAAGUACGAGAAGAUGAACGAACGGAGCAAGCAGCGUUUGAAGCUGAAGGACGUCGGCUUUCUGGGCUUCAUCUCGUACCUGAACGACAUCCCGGUUUCCAUGCUGAUCCGGUACCUUUGGGAGCAAGUGAUUGGGCCAGACACCCCAAACUACAAGGAUUUGCUGGCCGUGAUCUACCUCUCGCACCGGGCAGAGCUGACCGUCAGGCUGGACAUCUGCAGAGAGCUCUUCCGCCUGAUCUACAAGCCGCAAGACCCGGCCAAGCAGACGGUCAGGCAGCUGGCCAAACUGGCCGGCUGGCAGGACACCCUCACCAAGCUCUACGUCAAGGAGUCCUACGAGUCGCGCCAGCACAGCCUGUCGGGCUCGGCCAGCGGCGGAGGCAGCCUGGACCUCCCGAAGGCCUUGGACCAGCCCGGCGCAGAGGCCGGGAAGGAGCCUGCCAGCUCCACGCCCCCUUCGUCCUCCGACCUCCAGGAUCUGGACGUCUUCCUCCCGCUGGGCUACGAGGCCUCAGACCCAGAGCUGUCGGAAGGUUUCUCGGACCACUCGGUCUCGCCCACCAGCAGCCAGAGGGGCAAGGCCUUCGCGCCGUACGGCUUCAAGUCGUUCGACUCCUCCGACCUGGCCAGCCACUCCUCCUCUUCCAACACCAUCGACGUUCCCGGGGCCACGGAGGCCCCCCAAGCAGGGGACGCGCUCCCGGCUGACAGGGUCUACCACCCGCUGUCUCCCUUCUCCAUGUCUCCCUUCGACCUCGGCCUGGACAUGGGCAGCACCAGCUCGGCCGCCACAGCCGAGAGCGGGGACCAGACUCCCGUGAGCCUACCGGGGACCCCGUCGCCACUGGAGAACUUUAAGCCCUUCCUGGGGACGCGGGUAAGGAAGAGCUCCAGCCUCUCUAACGUGCUGGACGACACCAGCUACCAGGAGACCUUGCCCAGCGACAGCAUCUCCAACACCAGCAACCCUCAGCAGACGCCCGAGGAAGAGCUUUGCAACCUGCUCACCAACAUCGUCUUCUCGGUCACCUGGCGAGGGGUGGAGGGCUGGGACGACGCGGCCUGGAAAGAGCGCGGGCAGGUCUUCUCGGUCCUCACCAAGCUGGGCUCGGCCUGCGAGUUGGUGCGCCAGCCGGACGAGAUCAAGCGCAGCCUCUUGGAGAUGAUGAUGGAGUCGGCGCUGACGGACAUUAAAGAGGCCACCCCCGCCAUGCUGCCCAGCCUCACGCAGAACGCUCUCAAGCUGCUGCGCCUUCUUCAGGACUUCCUGUUCUCCGAGGGCCACAGCAACCAGGCCUUGUGGAGCGAGAAGGUUUAUGAAGGGAUCAACAGCCUGCUGGACAAGCUAGGGGUCUGGCACCACUUGGCCAACGGCACCUCCGACUUGAAGGAGAUGGCCCAGAUCGGCCUGCGGGUGCUCAUCGGAUAUAUCUCACUGGAGGACUUGCAAUUGCAAUCCAUGGCCUAUGUGAAGCUCCACAGCCUCCUCCAAACGGCCUCGGCCCCCAAGAAGGAGGAAGCCUGCUACGUACUGGGCAAACUGGAGACCCCCCUGCGCCACUCGCUGCACACCAAGUCGGAGACCUUCUCCUGGCUGGUGCCCAUCAUCCGCACUUUGAUGGACAAGUGCUACAACACCCUGCGCCUGCAGCACUUCCUCCCCUCCCUGCCCCCCACCAAUGGCAGCCCCACCUUCUACGAGGACUUCCAGGAGUUUUGCACCACCCCGGAGUGGAUCUCCUUCAUUGAGAAGCACGUGCAGCCCACCAUGGCCCAGUUUGAAGUGGACACGUUCGCCAAGAGUCACGACCACAUGUCGAACUUUUGGAACUCCUGCUACGAUGCCUUGAUGAGCAGCUCCCAGACGAGGGAGAAGGAGAAAGCAGAAAGCAGGAGGAGGUUCCAGGAGCUGAUCUUGGAGCCGGUGAUGAAGAAGGCCAAGCAUGAGAACAUCCGUCACACCAAUAUGCUGAAGCAGCUCAACAACCACCAGAACACCGUCCUGAAGCAAUGGAAGGCCUUGAAAAGACUGCUCACCUCCCAGCGCUCUGCCUGGGCAGAUCGAAAUCCUCCUGAGAUCCACUGGAAGUUGUCAUGUGCCGAGACCUACUCUCGAAUGCGGCUUAAGCUGGUACCGAACUACAACUUUGACCGUCACACGGAGGCCAGCGCUCUGCGUGACAAUCAGGGGGCCGAUUAUUUGCACAGCCCGGCAGAGCCGAUCCCCUUAGCCGUCGCCAAGGAAGCAAAGGUCAGCGAAAUGCAGGAUGACCAGCUGGCGGAAGAAGACCUCUCCUUCCUGGAUAACCAGGUGGAGCCCAAAGAACAAAGUCAGAGAGAGAAGCUGGUGAUCUCUGAGGACUGCGAGCUGAUCACCAUCGUGGCCGUGAUCCCGGGGCGGCUAGAAGUCACCACUCAGCACAUCUACUUUUACGACAGCAGCAGUGAGAAGGAUGAGACCGAGGAAGGAAUCGGCUACGACUUCAAGCGCCCCCUGUCUCAGCUCCGGGAACUGCACCUCCGGCGCUACAACCUCCGCAGGUCCGCCCUGGAGUUCUUCUUCAUCGACCAGGCAAACUACUUCCUCAACUUCAAGAAAAAGGUCCGGAACAAGGUUUAUUCUUCCAUCCUUGGCCUCCGACCCCCGAAUCAGAUCUAUUUUGCCAGCCGAUCGCCGCAGGACUUGCUGAAAGCCUCGGGCUUGACUCAGAAAUGGGUUAACAGGGAGAUCUCCAACUUCGAAUACCUCAUGCAGCUCAACACCAUCGCAGGCCGCACCUACAACGACCUCUCCCAGUAUCCCGUGUUCCCGUGGAUCCUGCAGGAUUACGUCUCGGAGACUCUGGAUCUCAACAACCCUGCUGUGUUCCGGGAUCUCUCCAAGCCCAUUGGGGUCGCCAACGAGAGGCACGCCAAGGACGUCAAGGAGAAGUAUGAGAGCUUUGAGGACCCCACGGGCAUGAUUGACAAGUUCCACUACGGCACCCACUACUCCAACGCAGCCGGCGUCAUGCACUACCUGAUCCGCACAGAGCCUUUCACUACUCUGCAUAUCCAGUUGCAAAGCGGGAGGUUUGACUGCUCCGACCGGCAGUUUCACUCUGUCCCCGCCGCCUGGCAAGCCCGCAUGGAGAACCCUGUGGACGUGAAGGAGCUGAUCCCGGAAUUCUUCUACUUUACGGACUUCCUGGAGAACCAAAACAGCUUUGAUCUAGGCUCUCUGCAGAUGUCGAAUGAGAAAGUGGGAGACGUCGUCCUUCCCAGGUGGGCCAAAUCCCCAGAAGAUUUCAUCCACAAGCACCGGAAAGCCCUGGAGUCGGAGUACGUGUCUGCCCACCUGCACGAGUGGAUUGACUUGAUCUUUGGGUACAAACAGCGGGGCCCAGCCGCUGUGGAAGCGCUGAAUGUCUUCUAUUACUGCACGUAUGAAGGGGCAGUAGACUUGGAUGCCAUCGCCGACGAGACCCAAAGGAAGGCUCUGGAGGGCAUCAUCAGUAACUUUGGGCAGACCCCCUGCCAGCUCCUGAAGGAGCCUCAUCCAGCCCGGCUCUCUGCCGAAAACGCAGCCUCCAAGAGACUCUCUCGCCUGGACACCAUCCCCCCCAACGUCUUUGAGAACCUCAGCGAGCUCAAGUCCUUCUUUGCUGAAAGCAUCAGCGACGGGAUCCCACUGGUACAGGCCGUGGUCCCCAAAAACCAAGCACACUCCUUCAUGACUCAGGGAUAUCCCGAUAUGCUGGUCACUGUUAGUGCCAAUGGGCUGCUGGGCACGCACGGCUGGCUGCCCUACGACAAGAACAUCUCCAACUAUUUCAGCUUCACCAAAGACCCCACCGUCUCCAACGCAAAGACCCAGCGCUUCCUGUAUGGACCCGUUGCUCCAGGAGUAGAGGUGUCCUCCAAGACGCUGACUGUCUCUCACGAUGGGAAGCUCCUUUUCAGCGGAGGCCACUGGGACAACAGCUUGCGGGUGACGUCCCUCAGCAGAGGGAAAGUUGUGGGUCACAUCAAGAGGCACAUAGACGUCGUCACUUGCCUGGCCUUAGAUCUGUGCGGAAUCUACCUCAUAUCCGGGUCACGGGAUACCACCUGCAUGGUUUGGCAGGUCCUGCAGCAGGGUGGCUUCUCCUGUGGCCUGGCACCCAAGCCCGUCCAGGUCCUCUACGGGCACGAUGACGAAGUCACGUGUGUCGCCAUCAGCACAGAGUUGGACAUGGCCGUCUCGGGGUCAAAGGACGGCACCGUCAUUGUACACACCGUCCGCCGAGGCCAGUUCAUGCAGUCGCUCCGGCCGCCCUGCGAGAGCUCCCUGCCAGUGACCGUCUCCAACCUCACCAUGGGGCACGAGGGGCAGGUCGUGGUGCAGACGACCGUGGAAGGAAGAGCCUCUCUAAAGGACAAGUUUGCCCUGCACCUGUACUCUGUCAACGGCAAGCAUCUGGUCUCCAUCCCUCUGGACGAGCAGGUCGCCGCCAUGUGCGUCACGGAGGAGUUUGUCGUGCUGGGGACCAUCCAGUGCUCCUUGCAGAUCAGGCACCUUCAGAGCCUCCAAGCUGCCGUCGCUCCCUUGGCAAUGAAGGUCCCCAUCCACAGCGUCUCGGUGACGAAGGAGAAGAGUCACAUCCUCGUGGGCUUGGAGGAUGGGAAGCUGAUUGUGGUCGGAGCAGGGCAGCCUCUGGAGGUGAAGUCGGGGCAGUUCCACAGGCGGCUGUGGCGUUCGACACGGCGCAUCUCCCAGGUGUCGUCCGGAGAGACAGAAUACAACCCCGCAGAGUCCAAGUAAGCAGUUUGGGUCGGCUUCAACCUGUAGCCUCGCAGCCACGGCGGGACACGGGAUCUGCCCAGCCUCGCCCGCUUUGGGGCGUCUUCCGCUGCCCGGAGGCCUCUCUGUAUUGUCCCCGGAGCGUCGCAUCCUGCAGAGUUCCCCUGCGUGGAAGAAGGAGGAGGGAAACAAACUUCCUCGGGGACCCACCUGCAAGUCGGAGGUCUCUAACACACCUGGAGCAGCCUUCCGAGGGCGGAGCGCACAGAACAAUUGCGGGGAAGGGGCUUCCUAGAGCCCAUCCAGCUGCUCCUCAUUCCCUCAACCGAGACUCGAUUCCUGUGGCGCUUGAAGGGGCAGUUGCGUGACGCAGUUGUCACACCGGGAAAGAGACAGAGGACUGGAAUGGGGGGGGGGAGUACCUUAUCCGCCUCCUCCCGAUCCUUGGCGGUUUUGGGGUGGGGGACAGAAACGCAAUAGACGCACCAGCCUCAAGACUGCGGCCUGGUCUUUCUCCGAUGGCCUUAAAAGGACCUGUUUUCGUUGCACUACGUCAAUAAACUUGCACCGAUCAUUUGGCAAUGGGGAGAAGGGAGGGAGGAGGUGUUCACACUGUCCUCUAGGCAAAUAGCUCUGGCAGAGCAGCAAACCCGCAAAGCAUUAAGCCAGGCGUCCUCGGCACAGAUCCAGGCACAUCCCACGCCCCGACUCCCUAAACCAGGCACCCCCAAACUGCGGCCCUCCAAAUGUUCGGGGACUACAACUCCCAUCAUCCCUAGCUAACAGGACCGGUGAUCGGGGAUGAUGGGAAUUGUAGUCCCAAAACAUCUGGAGGGCCGAGUUUGGGGUGUGCCUGCCCUAAACCUACCCUCUGGCUUGAAAAAGGGAAGGAGGAGGCGAGGGUAGCCCUCCCCAAAGACCCACUCGCUCUGGAAACUGGAUGGCUUAGUACCGGCGACCCCCAAGUUGAGGGGGUCAUAUUGGUGGAAUGGGGGGGGGGGAAGGAGUAGAGGAACAGAAUGUCUGUAAUCUUACUGCACACGGCUGGCUCAGGGCCCCGCAAGUGUCUUCACCAGCAAUAAAACCCUGCCACUUGGCAACCUCUGUGUCUUCACCCCAACUUUUUGCCGAGCAAGCCUUAGUUUCCGGCGGCCUCUGCUAAGCAUAUUCAGGAGAGGACAUCCAUGAAGUCUUCUGUCCCACAGAGGUGGGCUUCCCAGCCUUCUAGCCCUCCUGCAGACCCACUGCUUCCAACCUCUUACUCUCCUCCCUUGGAACAAGCCCAGCGCUCCUCUUUUAAGGGGGGCCACGCUCCCUUUGCCGUCAUCAGUCAAACCAGGCACCCCCAAACUCCGGCCCUCCAGAUGUUUUGGCCUACAACUCCCACGAUCCCUCGCUAACAGGACCAGUGGUCGGGGAAGAUGGGAGUUGUGGUCCAAAACAUCUGGAGGGCUGGAGUUUGGGGAUGCCUGAGUCUAAACAUUGAAAAGCCUUCGAAGGAGCUGGCUGAGGUCUGCUGGUGACUCUCACCUGCACCCUAAGCACCAAACCUGCUCGGCGUCAAAGGUUGGUUUUUAUUUUUACAGCUACCUGUGAUAGAUCCUUUGCAUCAACCCUCAAGAAAAACAAAUUGUACAAGUUUGAAAGGUGUGCGGUUUGGACACCGUUCCCCGCCGUUUCUCAGCUGCAGCAAAUUUUGAGAGCUUUGUGCUUUUUAUUCUAUUCACCAACCCCUAGAUAUCGGUCUGGGCUUCAGUUCCUUAUCUUGGUGGACUGGGGCAGUGGAUAGGAGGAGAAAGCAGGUUUUGGUGAGUUAGCAAAAGAUCCGGUUUAACUCUGACAUCGGCGACUUGCCUCUCAGCAGCGUCACGCGAGCAUAAAAAGCCGGUCCGGUUGGCACCAGGUAUUUUGGCUUGCAGCUCCCAUCAGGCCCCCCAGCCAGGCCUGUAGGCCCAAAACAUUUGGAGGGCACCAGGCUGGUGGAAACUGAUGUCACCAGCAGCAAGUUCCUCUUUUGGGUCCAGCUUUUUUUAAAAAAACCAACAGGACUUUGGCCGGGCGAGAACCAUGGGAUAUUAACCCGCGUGCUGCAAAUUUUGCAUUCCCAGUGGACGCAAAGGGAAGGGUAGAUCCUCGGUUCUAUUAGAAGGUUCUCAGUGGGAAAACAAGCCGAUCUUUCUUUUUGCGCCCAUAAGCAACUGUGUUGUGCUUUUUGCAUGUUUCUUCCCUUCCCGCUGGCUAUUACGACAGGCAUAGCUGCCAAGUCUCCUGUAUUCCCCGGGAAACCCCCGUUUUUCCGGCUGUCCCCAGCCGAAAAAACGGAUUUUUUUGUUUUUCCCCGGUUUAUUCUGGCGCGGCGGCCAUUUUGGAACUGGGUGGAGCAUGCUCAGAAGCGACUUUUGAUGCUGCUUUGCCCAGUUCCAAAAUGGCUGCAGCGCUACUUCUGGUCUGCUACUUCCGGUCCAGUCCCUUAUUUCUCAGGCCGGAACUUGGCAGGUAUGACAACAGGGGCAGGGGGGGAACGGCUGUGGUUGGCUAAACUGGCAGCACCUUCUCCGCAGACUCCAUUGUCUGUCGCCUUCCUACCAGCGCUGUGGGGAAAGGAGAAGGAUGGCAGAAUGGGGGCGCCAUUGGGGUUCCUUCCAGCAGGGUGAAUAUUCCAGGUGAGGAAUAGGAGCGCCUUGCAGAAUUCUCCACCUACGACCCGCCAACUUGCCUUGUCCCAUCCGAGUUCCAGGCUCAACAGAGGAGCAGUUUGCAUUUGUACAGCAGGCCAGCCUUCGGCAACUGGGCGGCUCCAAACGCCUCUGACUACAACUCCCAUCAGGCCCUGCCAGCACCGAACCUCAUGGGAGUUGUAGUCCGAAACAUUUGGAGGGCACCUGGCGGCUGCGGUAGGCACUUGGCCGCCUUCAUUCGUAAAGAGAAGACCUGAGCUCUGAAAGCAAAGGCCGCCUUCGAUUCCUCCCGCCCACCUCCCCAUCGAUCUCUUCCAAAAAUAAUAAUUCCUGGGUGAAGACCAAAUUCCACAAAGUGCAAUAUCCGCUCACUCUCUUUUGGCAAAAAAAGACUACCCCAACCCCCACAAUUGUUCUGUUUUCUGUGUACAUAUAUAUAUACACACAGGUUUUGUAUCUUUUAUGAAUAAUGUUGAUCCAAACUUUUCUAUUUUUUUGUAUUUAAAGCGUGGGGUGGGGUGGGGAGUUUAUCUGUGAGUUUCUUAGAUCCUGCUGGCUUGGAGAGAGCAAGACUCAAAACACCUCUGUUGUUUCUCCAUGUGGAUUUGCCCUUCGAAUGAGAAUUUAAGGAGCUCUCGUCACCUUCCCAAGGCGUAGCAAGCGUUUCCCCGGAGAGGUCCUCCUCGCUUCGACCUUGGAAUCUCCUGGCUUUUGGGGGGGAUAAAAAGGACCCGAGGAUCUGUUUUAUUUUUUGCCCGUGCGUGUCUUCGAAAUUCUGUGUUUUAACACUUCCAAAUGGGACACCAGGGCUCCCAGCUGGAACGGGUUCAGAACAGAGGUUGAAUGAGGGCGGCUUUGAGGAACCUCUUCCUGUGGCUGCUGGAUUGCGUCCCCAACCAAGUCACACUCAAUGCAGAAGGGAAAAACAGCAAAAUGGCAGCAGGGGGGGGGGGGAGAAACGCUGAGCUUUGUCUAGGUGGCUUUGUCUAUUUCCCACCUGGGGAUCUGUUUGCAUAGCAGGAUUGCUGGAAGAAGGAUCCUGAACGGACCAGUUUUAGCUUGGGAUCCCUGUAAGAGCAGCUCUUGCCAUCAGCCGAGGGAGGGAGAAAACGGACCCCGUUUUCCAAGUGGCACUCUGUGCAGGCCCAAAAGCCUUAUCGCCGCCGCCGCCCCUGUUCCCACCUUUGAACAGACUUCUCCAAGCUGGCGCCCUCCUGAUGUUGCUAGACCGCAGCUCCCGCGGCUGAUGGGUGUUGUAGUCCACUUGGGGGAAAUCUGCUCCAGAACCUCCUGUCCAUUUGUGCAGCUAUGCAGACCUCCACCUGAAGGACUGCGGUGGCUGGUAAGCACAGCAGUUCCACAUCUGGAGCACUUGGCAAUAUGCCUUACUAUUCUUUAAUGUCAGCGUGCAACUGGCCAGGUUUUUCCCCCCAUCUUCAGUUUUUCCUUCCAGUGUGCAAUUGGAGAUGAUUUACAUGGGGAGGUCGGCGGGGGGCAGAGUUUCCAGCCCCUGGUCCGAUUCCUAAAGCGCUUUUUCACAACUAAUACGAAGGUUGCCCAGGUAAACGUAAAGGUAGAUUCGCACCUGUUUUCACCGGUGAAACUUAAUGGCACACAACAAAGCAGACAGGGAUCGACUCCAUCGGUGCUUUUGAGGUCUUCUUCUUGGAAUUCUGUGCUAUGGAAGUACCUAGAGGGACACACGAAUUGUCCUUUUACUCUCUGUAGCGUGAGGGCAAAAGAAAAAGAUGUUUCCAGUUGGGGAAGAUGGUAGGGACAAGGACAAAUCCACAUUGGCUAUCUACUCUCAGGAAAACGCAGCAAAUCCAAGGAUCUGUCCAUAGUUGUUCUUUCCGAAAGGAAAUAAAAGCACAAUCUGAACUUCCGAUUUUUUUAUUUUUUAAAAAAUAUAAAUAUGCCUUAAACUUGAAAAUGACUUCUUGCCUUCAGCUGUACUGGGCCUGCCCCAGAGACUUGACGGUAUCCUGUUCACGUGACUUUGAAUAAACUUUGAAAAGAAACAA